CACUGUUUCUCUUAUACUUUUCCCUUGAUCUAAACUCAAACCCUAUAAUUUCCUCCUCUAUCUAUCUCCUAUCUCAUCUCCACAUAGAAAGCUUCCAGUUUCUAUAUCCCUCUACCCUCCAAUCAGGUUUCUUAUAUUUGCAUCUCUUCCUCUCCUGCGAAUUUGGUUUAUUUAUAUAUGUGCGUGUUGGGUUAAAAAGUAACAGAUCAAGCCCUAGAUUUUGAUAUGUGAUUGUCGCCUCUCCACUCUCCACACUCCGACGACCUGCGUCUACGCGACGACGCCACUUCCACCGCCGCAGCUUGUGUCUUGGACUCUGCCGUUCCUCUGCCGUAGCCUGUAGAUCCCCUUUAACGUCGCUGCAGAUGGUGGAGUUUGAGUCUUUGAGAUCAUGGUGAUGGAAAAGUAAAAAGGAAAAUUCUAGUGGGGGAGGCAUGUGAGCUGUUUGGACCAGACUAUAUUGUUGUUGCAUUAACAAUUUUUAUAAGUUUAUUGGUUCUUUUGGUGCAAAGAAUGGGUAAAUGCAAGGGUUGUGGGAAAUUAGGAAGAAUGGCGCCAAGGGAUGGGUCUGUUAGUGCUUAUGAUUCUGCUCUUAUGUUGUCUCCUGUUGUUUCUGUCUGGGACUGCAUUGUUCGUAAAAUGAGGUAUUCCUACAUACCCGAGUGGGUGUAGUUAUCAGGGCUAUCACCUUAUGUUAGUGUUUUGCACCAUAUUCUAUUAUACUUUGCUUUGUAUCAACGAAAAAAGGGAAAUGUAUGAACUUUGAGGAAUUUACUUAGAAUAGAAGUGGAGGAAAGGUGACCGAGUAGGUUGGUAGUUUUCAUGGAUAGCAAGGGAUUUAAUAAAGUGCAACCUGUUGUGAGGAAAGGGAAAAAGAAGCAGGUGAAGGAUGAGGUUGAUCGAAUGAAACAGGCUGAGAAGAAAAAGAGGCGCUUGGAGAAAGCCCUUGCUACUUCUGCAGCCAUCAUUUCUGAACUAGAGAAGAAGAAACAGAAAAAGAAAGAAGAACAACAAAGGCUUGAUGAAGAGGGUGCUGCAAUUGCUGAGGCUGUUGCUUUGCACGUCUUACUUGGUGAAGACUCAGAUGAUUCAUGUAAGAUUGUUCUGAAAAAAGAUGAAGGGUUCAACCCUUGGGAUAUUCCUGAUAACAUUGACCUAUUUGUGAGUGGUAAGAGAUCAGGCUUUCCUUAUCAGGGCUCUGACAAGCACCCGCUUGAAGGGAUUGGGUGGGUUUCUAAUCCGUAUAUAUCUGAAUAUAAGUGGGGUGGCUUGGAGAGGGGUGAGUGGUCAUUCUCAUCUGGACCUUUUGCAAGGGAUUUUCCUGCCCCAUAUUUUGAGGAAGCAGGUUGGGGAACUACGGGAUUCUCAGCUGGUCUUAUUGCAGCAGAGGCUGUUUCAUCCCUCCAGAUUGCAGAGGAUGCUCACGAAGACACGAUUGUCCUGGAUGGAAUGUUAAGGGGAUAGAAUGCACAGCUACAGAAGUAUCUCCAGUUACUUACAGGAGUUUCGGUAGCAUAUCAUGAUUAUUAUUCUGUUUAUAUUUUCCAUAAACGAGUCCGUUGUUGUUAGUUGGAUACAUGCGUUGCUUAUUGAACAAUGUUUAUUGAAAGUGUUGCGCUA